AUGAAGCCCGUCAUGUUCGCCACCGCUCUCGCCACGCUCCUGACUCCAGUAGUCUCACGAUGCUCAAUGGACAACCGCUGGUGCUACUGGAUCGGAACUGCUCCUUUCUGCGAAAGUACCAAGUUCAAGAUCGGAGAGAUUGACGAGACCGGCAAAGUCCUUAAGGCCUGGACCAAGGAUAAGGACCGCGCAGAUCUCUGCACGACUUUCAACCAUGACGGCGAUAGACCUAGCAUGAGUUGCUGGAGCGGAUACAAGAGGCUUUGGUGUGAGGUUGAUGAGAUUCACUUACUGUGUUGGGGCAAAGGCGUGCUACGUCACUUUGGGCUGCUAGGUAAUUUCCUUGUACGUAGAAAGGACCAUAGGGGACGAUGGCUUCCAACUAUUAUCGUCUUCAUCGCGGUCAACGGGAAAGGAGCAGCUUUGGGAUCUUUUCUCGGCCAAAUCUUUAUUCUUAUCAGCUGA